GUUUUCACUUGAGUCAGAAAGGAAAAAAUCCCUGGUGAAAAAUUUUUUUCUUCAUAUUUUCAUUUUGUUUGUUUUUUCAAAUGAAUGAAGCAAAGAAGCAACAUUGAUUCCCCUCCCAGCCCCCUUUUGCCCCUCCGCCGCAAUCCGCUACUUUCCGCUCCCAAUCGCCGCCACAUCACUACACAGGCAAAACUUCCAUUUAGCGUUCAUCGAUAAUGGCGAGAUGGGACGCAAUCCUAUCUCUUCCCGUUCAAAACCCUCCCUCCUUGGAAAUUUCUUCCGAUGACCUAGUUUGGUCCAAAGUGGAAGGCUGGCAUGAUAAAUUAGAUAGAGUUGCUAUAAUCCCGUUUGCUAGGGUUGCUGAUUUUGUUAGAGGUGAAUCUAAUAAUAAAGAAUGUCCUACAAGAUUUCAUGUUGAAGCUAGACGGCGUCGCCCUCCGUCUUUCAAGCAAAAGGUUGAUGGCAUACUAGAGUAUAUUUUGUAUUGGUGUUCCUUUGGUCCGGAUGACCAUAGAAAAGGUGGAAUUGUUAGACCAAGUCGUAGUACGUAUGUUCCAAAGAAGAAAAAUGCUGGUCGACCAAAUACCAAACGUGGUUGCACUUGUCACUUUAUUGUGAAACGUCUUAUAGCUGAACCUUCGGUUGCUUUGAUUAUAUAUAACGAUGAUAAGCAUGUUGAUAAAAAGGGUGUGCCGUGCCAUGGUCCACAGGAUAAAAAGGCUGCUGGAACAAUUGCUGAGUUUGCUCCGUAUAUUUCAGAAGAUCUCCGACUGCGGGUUUUGUCUCUUCUAUAUGUUGGAGUGUCGGUGGAGACCAUUAUGCAGAGGCACAAUGAAUCAGUCGAGAAACAAGGUGGUCCAAGUAACCGUGAUGACCUUUUGUCUCAGCGUUAUGUUCGAAGACAAGAGAGGGAAAUACGCCGUUCUAGUUAUGAGUUAGAUGCUGAUGAUUCAGUUAGUAUCGACAAGUGGGUUGGAAUCCACCAGAAUAAUGUUUUCUUCUAUGAAGAUUUCUCUGAGUCUGAUCCAUUUAUUUUGGGCAUUCAAACUGAGUGGCAAUUGCAACAAAUGAUUAAGUUUGGGAACUGUGCUCUUCUCGCAUCUGAUUCAAGAUUUGGUACAAAUAAAUUAAAGUACCCUGUUCAUAGUCUUCUAGUAUUCAACUCAGAGAAGAAGGCUAUUCCCGUUGCUUGGAUAAUCACACCAAGGUUUUCAUGUUUGGAUGCACAUCGAUGGAUGAGGGCUCUGUAUAAUAGAGUUCACACAAAAGAUCCUAAUUGGAAGCCUGCUGGCUUCAUAGUAGACGACCCACAUUAUGAUAUCCUAGCAAUCAGGGACGUGUUUCAGUGCUCAGUAUUGAUAAGCUUCUGGCGAGUUCGGCAUUUAUGGCAUAAAAACAUAAUUAAGCGUUUGGAAACUGGUAUGCAAAUAAAAAUCUCCAAACGGCUUGGGUGGAUAAUGGAUAAUAUUUUCCGUCGUCAAGGAACCAUGUUACUCUUUGAAGAUUUUGUAGAGGACUUCAUUGAUGAAUCCAAUUUUAUGGACUAUUUCAAGGCCACUUGGUAUCCUAGAAUGGGAGUAUGGGUUGAUGCCCUUAGAACUCUUCCUCUUGCUAGCCAAGAGUCUUGUGCAGCGAUGGAAUUUUACCACAACCAACUGAAGAUCAGGCUGUUGAAUGAGAAAGACAUCAGUGUUUAUCAGCGUGCUGAUUGGUUGGUUGACAAGAUAGGUACAAAAGUCCAUUCUUAUUAUUGGCUUGAUGAGUGCUCAGAUAAAGAUGAUUUUGCACGAUAUUGGAAAGACGAAUGGAUGAGUGGUUUAACAUCAUGGCGCAAAGCACUGAAGAUUCCAGAUGCAGAUGUCGUAAUGGAAGAUGGGUGUGCUAAGGUUAAAGAUGAGCAUGACCAAGAUAAAGCUUAUACUGUAUGGAAUGCUGGUUCAAUGUUGAGCAUCUGCGAUUGUGAUUGGGCAAUGAAUGGCAACCUUUGUGAGCAUAUCUUGAAAGUUUUUAGUAUCUGCCGAAGUCGAGGGUCUGUUCCACCAUCCAUCAGCUUAUUGCAGUACCAUCAGGUGCUAAAGAGCAUGCUGCGUUGCCCACCUUUUGAUUCUUUAAUUCGUGAUCAUGCUGUGUCGUUGGCAGUUUCAGUUCAGAAGCAGUUAAAUACACUACUUGACAAAGAAAGUAUCCAGGCUGCCGGGGGAUCUAAUGAGAAGCGAAUCGAUAUUGAUAUCCAUCGGCUGAACUCUAUGGUAGCUUCAGCUGCCCAAGAUGAAGCCUUAGUUUGUGAGAGGCAAGUCAUCAAAGAUAUUUUAUCCCGGGGUGCUGCACGUGGAGUGAGUGAUAUCAUCGGUCAUGCGAACAUGGAUGUUGAUGAGACUGUUUCAAAUAAUAAUGCAUUACUAGAGAAAAAAACGACGAGUUUACUCACCAUAGGAAAUGGGAUUUCAGCUUCCAAAAAUGGUGCUGUUUUUGAUGAGAUUAAUGAAGAUAUUUGCAAGGAUAACAAUGGUAUGGAUGCGGAUCCCCCACCUGUAGACACCACCUCAUAAAUGGAAGCAUCUGAAGCAUUGUGAAAAGCUUCAUAAUGGUGCUUUCAAAUUGGAGGAUGCUAAUAGCCACUUGGGCUCUCAUUCAACAACCAUGGCAGUUGAGCAAGUUGCAGCUGGCAUGGUUGAAAAUGCAGGAACAAUCGAGGUGGAUGUGAGCUUGGGAUCAAAUAUAUAGAUGAGUUUAGGUGUCAAUAUGGAUUUAUUCCUUUAACAUAUCAACCCUCAGUCGCUAUAAUGUCUAAUUCUAAAUAUAAUUUUGGUAUGUUGAGGUUACAAGAGGCUGUAUGAAGCUGUGUUGGUAGCACUCAAACUUUCUCAUAACAAUAGGGAUGUUCCCUUAUUCUUUUUGUCUACAAAGUUACAAACGGAUACAUGAGAAUCUAAAUGUAUUCAAUUUUUUUAUGGAGUGGUGAGAAUUUUGAGCUGAUUAGCUAAAUGUAACUUAUUUCAUUGUAAAUACACGGCAUCAUUCUGUGGGA